AUUAAUAAGUACAUUCUCGUGUAAACAGACUAUGGCAGAGAAAGGUGCUCAUCUGACUGGGACCACAUACAUCAGGCCUUCUAUCUUUGAAAUUAUUGCGCAGGAAUCGCUUGCAUCCACCCUCGAGCCAGCUUUUAAAAAGAUUCUUUCGCUUCUUGUAUCUUUUAAUCCUGAGAGAUAUGGGCAUAUUCUUGAGUGGGCAGAUGAAGGUUAUUUAAUUUUUAAUGUUUUUCUUCAACGAUAUUAUCUAAGGAGAUAUUCUGCAUCAUUUUCUGAAAGCUUUUAUGGUUUGAAGCGUGUCACAGUGGUUAAUUCUAAGUUAAAGGAAAACUUGUCAUAUAAACAACAAAUAUUGUCGUUAAUAUUAAUUGUGACGUUUCCGUAUUUAAAGAAUAAGCUUGCACAACUCAGUACAAAAUAUAAGCUUCAAGAAGCAGAUGGUAAUAUACCAAGGGAGAGGAGACAGAGGUUUCUUCGUAAAUGCAUUACUAAAGGACACUCAAUUCUGUUCAUAACAUAUGAAACUCUUGUACUAUAUAAUUAUAUACUUUACGUGUCUGAGAAAUCAAUGUAUCCAUCGCCUUUGCUGAGGCUGCAAUCUGUUACACUGACAUACGCUGAUCUGCAAUCUGCUCUCACUAUCUCCGAAUUAUUGAGAAAGAUAAAAUAUAAUUCGUUCACCAUUGGUGAUGGGUGGAAUAUAUUUCAAAGAAUUGCCACUGGAUCUCUUGAACUGGCAGCUUUCUUUUUACAAUUUCUUUCUUGGUGGAGCCAGGAAAAUUAUGACAUGGAUAUUAUGAGUCUUCCAGCUCCACCACCACCAAAGGUGCCAAACAUAGCGCAACAAUAUAAAGGUAUUUGUCCGCUUUGCCGUAAACCUCAUCGUAUACAUACCGUGCUUAUGGUAUCUGGUUACGUGUUCUGUUAUCAAUGUAUUUUAUCAGAAAUACGGAUGAAAAAGAGAUGUCCAGUAACGCAUUAUCCUGCCAAAGAAGAUGAUCUAAUACGCCUAUAUAUAGAAUAAUAUACGUGUCUAAUAUUUAUAAUUUUAUAUAUACAUAUGUGUAUAUAUACAUACAUGUGGAAUAAUGUUCUAAAUGUAAUAAUAAAUACUGAGAGACAAAGUCGGGGGCUUUAUUCAUUUUACGAACUGGUUACAUAUUUCAGGAAAGCUAUUUUCUAUAUAUUUUCAGUUAGUAUAUUGUACACAUACAUGUAAAUAAA